AUGGAGGUAGUAUUUGAUGAUGACUCUGAUGAGUAUGACACUGAGUUGGAUGAGGAAGAUGGUAACCUAAUUGACUAUGACAUUGAAGAUGGUGAUCAAGAGGGGAAAAGCAAAAAAGGUAAAGAAAAGUGGGAAGCAAACAAAGAAGAUUUUAAAGGUAGUGAUAAUGAAAGUGAGGAUCUUGAAGGUGAAUGUGAUUGUGGAGAUAAAAGUAGAUUUAGGAGAAAGAAGUAUCCAAUAUUCAAGAUACAAAAGGAUAUGUCAAAUUACAAAUGGGAAGUGGGAACAUAUUUUACUUCAAAAGAUGAUUUCAAGGAAGCAAUUACCUCUUAUGUAGUCCAAUCUGGAAGAUACUUAAGGUACACUAAAAAGGACAAGAUAAGGGUUAGGGUUAGGUGUAAAGAUGGAUGGGAAUGGGAAGUUUAUUGUGCUAAGUUGUCUAAUGAGGAUUCUUGGCAACUAAGAAAAGUAGUAGACACUCCAAGUUGUUAA